CCAUGAGGUCAGAAACCAAAGGUUUUAUCUGCUCCAACAAAAUCGCCUUCUGGACCUGGCAGCCAUUAUCCCGAGUACUGCAACCACUCUCUCAAGUUUGACUACAAUAAGAUUAAGGUCCCACGAGUGGGAGAAGCACGGCACAUGCGCAGUGAGCGUUUCUCGUCUGAGCACAGAAUUCGACUACUUCAACGUGACUCUGGGGAUCCACGGAGCUUUGAACACCACAGGAGCUCUCGCUAAGCGCGGUAUCACACCCUCAGACCCUCUUCGUGGGUUGCCCAGACCCCCAGAGCCGGGAAGUCAUCUACAUGCCAUUCAACACACAGCAGAUCCCGGACCGGCCAGACAACAUUUUAGAAUUUAUUUCCGAGAGAGACAUGUCUUAAAUUAAAGUCUAUGUUUCACGU